AUGGCGACAAGCACCUCCCCACACAGUCCCUACUUAAAGAAAUGCCUCUCGCUAGCAGAGCAAUCCCCUCCACGCCCAACAAACUUCCGCGUCGGCGCAAUCCUCCUCUCUCGCAAAGACAAUGACCCCACCUUCGCAGACGAUCGGAUCCUCUCAACGGGCUACACAAUGGAGCUAGCAGGCAACACACACGCAGAGCAAUGCUGCUUCUCCAACUACGCGGCUGUACAUGAAGUCUCCGAUGAUAACGUUAGAUCAGUGCUACCCGUUGAGUCCGACCGGAAGCUCGUCAUGUACGUGACGAUGGAGCCGUGCGGGAAGCGAUUGUCGGGGAAUGUGCCAUGCGCCCAACGCAUUGCGCAGACGACGGAGGGUGGCCGCGAGGGUAUCAGUAAGGUUUACUUUGGUGUCAAGGAGCCUUCAACUUUUGUUGGGGAGUCGGAGGGUUGUCAGAUGUUGACGAAGGCGGGUAUUGAGUGGGAGCAUGUGGGCGGGUUGGAGAAGGACAUUUUGACGGUUGCCUUUGCGGGACAUGAAAACUGGGAGGAGGAGGUUAAAGCUGCUUUGGAGAAGAAUGGAGAUGGUAAUAACGAUAAUGUUAGUGCCGAGGAAAGACGCAGGCAAGAAGAGCAGCAGCAGCCGAGGAAUCCGAAGAAGAGGAUGAUGGAAGGGGAGACCAAUAUCUAUCUAUAA